UCGUGUGUCGAUGGUGACGUAGGGAAGCAUCACGUUAGUUCGAUUUCUGUGUUUCUAAAUCGUGUAGUCACUGCGGGAAGCUAGCGGUCCUUCUCACAUCUGCGGAGAAGAGUUUUCAAGUUCUGGCAGUUAGGAACACACCGCAACGCCUUCACAAUGUCUAUUAUGUCCUAUAACGGAGGGGCCGUCAUGGCCAUGCGGGGGAAGAACUGUGUGGCGAUAGCAGCCGACCGGAGGUUCGGCAUCCAGGCUCAGAUGGUCACCACAGAUUUCCAGAAGAUCUUCCCAAUGGGAGACAGGCUGUACAUUGGGCUGGCUGGACUGGCCACAGAUGUGCAGACAGUAUCCCAGAGGUUAAAAUUCCGACUGAACCUGUAUGAGCUGAAGGAAGGUCGCCAGAUCAAGCCCAAGACCUUCAUGAGCAUGGUGUCCAACCUGUUGUACGAGAAGAGGUUCGGGCCGUACUACAUUGAGCCCGUGAUCGCCGGACUGGACCCCAAAACCUUUGAGCCGUUCAUCUGCUCACUGGAUCUGAUCGGCUGCCCCAUGGUGACGGAGGACUUUGUUGUGAGCGGCACCUGUUCGGAGCAGAUGUACGGCAUGUGUGAAUCUUUGUGGGAGCCAGACAUGGAACCUGAGGACCUAUUCGAGACCAUCUCCCAGGCUAUGCUGAAUGCAGUGGACAGGGACGCAGUGUCCGGCAUGGGAGUUGUUGUCCAUGUCAUUGAAAAAGACAAGAUCACCACACGAACCCUGAAGGCCAGGAUGGACUAGAGCUGCUGUUCCUCCCCACUCAUCACCAACACAGAUGUUUUGUAUAAAAGUAAUAAACAAUGCUUGUACUCUUCUUCCUUUUUUUUUUCUUCUUUCUUAUUGAUAUUGUUCAAUAAAUGAAGUUCGGUUCAAACGA